GAGAUACCAACUUUGUUUAUCUGAAUGGGUUCAUCUGUCUAUGAAGCAAACGUCCCUUAUUCAGUCAUGGACACGCGCUCUCAGCAAACCGUUUGGACGAAGCCAGCCAUCAGCCAUCACCUCCACAACAACAAGUACCCCUCGAACACCGCCAGACUCUGCAAUCAGAGAUAUUGGUGCAGACGCCGAUGAUCACCUAUUAGCCACGCUAUUAGACCAGUAUGUUGACAAUAGCGAAGUCAGUCCUGUUGUCAAUCAGGAGUCUGCUAUUGCUGCACUCCGUUCUCGUCCGCCGAUCGCCUAUCGGCCGACAGGUAACGAUUCAGACCAUCUGGCAGGGUUUGAUACCGAGGCUGGCCGUACUUGGAUCUAUCCUUUGAAUGUCAAUAUUCGUGACUACCAGUUUCACAUAACCGAACAAUGUCUGUACAAAAACACCCUUGUUUGUCUACCAACCGGUCUUGGGAAAACUUUGGUAGCUGCCGUGGUAAUGUACAAUUUUCUACGAUGGUAUCCGCAUGGAAAGUCGGUGUUUAUGGCACCCACAAGACCUCUUGUAGCUCAACAGCUGACCGCUUGUGGACGUCUGCUUGGUCUAUCAUCUGAUACUGCAAUCGAACUUACCGGUUCAACACCGCAAGCCAAACGUCAACGACUGUGGUCUAACCUACGUGCGUUUUUUCUAACUCCCCAAGUGUUGAUGAACGACCUACAGGCUGGUGUAUGUCCUUCUGCAGAUUUACGGUUGUUAAUUUUUGACGAGGCACACAAGGCAACUGGAAAUCAUGCAUAUUGCCAGGUUAUCCGACUUCUGACUGCACCGCCACAUAACCACCGAUUGUUUCGCGUUGUCGCGCUUUCGGCUACCCCAGCGUCAGAUAUUCAAGGCGUUCAAACCAUUCUGGCUAAUUUGCUGAUUUCCCAUCUGGAACUACGCACAGACACCAGCGUGGAUGUGAAGCGGUACACACAACAUCGCCAGUUGGAGACGAUUGUGGUUCCGUUGGGCCCAGAGCUCAAUCGCUUCCGCAGUCAACUGAUUGAAUGUGCUCGUAUACCACUGGAGCGUCUGCGUCUGCGCGGAGCACUUCGACAAGGGAUGGGUGAUUUACGUCCGGAGCGAAUAGCCAAGUUCACUGUGAUCAAGGCUCGUGAAGAAUGGUCUUCCGGGCCGAACGCUGCCCAGCUGUCUUCCAUCGAUGCGGGUGCUGUUCAGUGUGAUUUCGGGUCGGUCAUUUGUUUACUGCAUGCCAUGGAAUUGUUAGACCAGCAUGGACUUCGUCCGUUAUACCAGUAUUUGGGCGGCGUGCUCAACGGGCAGCGUGCAAGUGCUUCAGUACGUGCGGAGAUGAUGCGUUUGUCUGGCGUGGAGCAAUUGUGGUCAGACUUGGUCACACGCUUCAAAUCUGCGCCCGAUGCGGAUAAUCCAAGUUCCACUCAGACACCAUUUGUGGGAGGUCAUCCGAAACUGGAAAAAUUGAAAGAACUGCUAGUGCAACACUUCCGCUCGCAUGCGCCCAUUGCGCAGGGUGAGACGCGCGUGAUUGUCUUCAGUCAGUUUCGGGACUCUGUUGAGGAGAUUAUGCACAUGCUCAAGCAACUACGUCCACUAGUUCGGCCAGCUUCUUUUAUCGGCCAGGGCUCCGGAACAAACCGGUCACCAGUGCUUGCCGGGUCCGGUCCAGACGCAAAACUGAGUACACCACCUUUGAUGUCCUCUAACCGCCUCACUUCUGGGGGCAUUUCGCAACGCGACCAGCUUCGAGUCAUGGAUGCUUUUCGUAAAGGAGUCUACAACACCCUGGUUUCAACAUGUGUCGGAGAGGAGGGUCUGGAUGUCGGCCAGGUGGAUUUGAUAAUAUGCUUUGAUGCCUUCAAGUCUCCCGUGCGAUUGAUGCAACGUCUCGGUCGGACUGGACGUCAGCGUUUGGGCCGUAUCGUGAUGCUUUUGACGGAAGGCAGAGAGGAACGAAACCAUGCUGUUAGCAUGGCUCGAACGUCUACUGUUCACAAGGCUCUUCUGGAAGGUGGUGCGUACAAACGUCUGGCCUUUUAUCCUCACAAUCCACGGAUGAUACCCUUGGGGAUUACUCCGGAAGUGGAUUUCCGUGUUUUGCAGCCCGAGGUCUCUAUAAAAGACACCGUGCUCCCUACAGUAUCGAAUGAAUCAAGCUGCCGAAAACGUCCGUCACGAGCAGGAAAAAGCCGCCCAUCAGGUGGGACAUCUGAUGAAGCUCGAUCUCAUGCAGAUGCUGUUGGUUUGUCUCAUAUUAAUCUGAGAUUAACACCCGUCGGACCCUCAUCCUUGCUCUCUCUUUGCGUUGGAACUAACUCCAAUUGGAAAUCGGAAUAUCCACAGUUGACUCAACUGUACGACCUAACUUCUCCGAAACGUUUAGCUUCUUUGCGCACCUGUUUGCAAUCGAGACUAAGCGCUCGCGGAAAAGUAGGUUCGUCGACUUCCUCACGUCAUCUGGUUUCCGUGUUACACUUGAUUGAACUACAUCGACGUGGCGAAACCCAACUGUCUUACCAUGCACUGGGACUCCGAUCCGUGGAUGUGGAUAGGACGCUGCCUCCUAAUCCAGUCGCUAAUGCGGAUCUUGAAUCGAGUCAGGCGGAACCCAUGUUGAAAACAAACGGGGAUAUGAAGAAUGCGAAUCCAGAGUCAGACGACUGUAAUGCACUUCGCGAAAGUUUCACAGCCACAAUGCUAAAAAUGCCGCAAUUGGCGAAGGGUUUGGUUAGCGGAAAGUUGUUUUUUCCCGUUGUUAGUGCUGAUCAUUUCGAUUAUUCACGGUUGAUUGAUGUGGCGCGUAACCUCAUGCAGUCCGGGAUUACAUCACCUGGGCGAAUAAGUCCGGUUUUGUUGCAGUCCGCAUGGGAAAGGCUGUUGCGAACGAACGAGCCCGAGCGUCCGAAAGUUGCACUGCCACCGAAAGUGGACCAACCUCUGGAGAUCCCAUCGGUUAUGGGCUUGGAACAGUGGGUAGAUAAAAGUUUACUAGAGGCAAUUGAAGGAGAUUUUACUCAGAAUGAUGCAAUGCCGGAGACAGAUAUGGCCAAGCCGACCGCAAAUCAAGCUCCGAAGAACACUUUGGGUAGUCCUCUGGUCGGUACACCACAGGUUGGUCUGGCUGCGGCAUUUCGCCUUGCAUCUCCAAAGCAGUUAAACCUAAGUGCAGUUGCCCGUAGUACUCCACGACCAAAGUCCCCGACAUACCGGCGACCGGACCUCAGGGGAAGUGUUAGUCAGAUAAAUUUGACCGAUGCAUUAGCAAUUUUGGAUCGGUCAACUAUUCGUCUGGACUUCUCCGGAUUAUUUGAUGAUAGGCUAGAUGAUCAGCCUCCUCCUCCGACGGAUACAUUUUUACGACAUAGUGUUGUCUUUACUGGUCCGCUGUGCCCCACACCUUCGAAAUCAGAUACCUUAAAUUUCGGUACUAAACUGCAGUUGGGUGAAGAAUUUGGGGAGGAUUUUCUCGCCCCAUCACAACGCGUUACUAGUAGUGUGCCAACAGACCCAGAUCCAGUCACGAAAUCUCAUUCUACUCCUCAUGGAUCUCCGAGGGAACCAGACGCGUUUGAGCUCCCGUCUCAGUUUAGCUGGUCACCAAUUCCAGUCCAAGAUGUGGACGAACUUACGGUGGGUGCGAAAGGGGAUUGCCUUACUCAUUCCACUGUGACAUCCGAACAGUCGCAUACUGGACCAUUGGAAGAGGAUACAACCAAUUUGUCACAACACCAGUCAAACACAGAUCAGAAAUAUUCGAACUCUUCCAGUCCGAUAGCUUUCCGGAUGAAUAGAGCAGCAAAAGGACGCAAUCAUGCUCAUCGUUUCCUUCUAACCCAAGCGGAGGCAGGCGAUGGAAAUUCUGCGGAUGAGUUCGACGGUACGGGACUAGAUGUGUACGACGAGAGCUUUAUCGACGACAGCCGUGCUACAGCGGAGCCUGAUGAACGUAGCUCAAGUCGACUGGACACAUCGAAUAUGAUUGGGGUGUACUUGCAGUCAAUCCGAAGCCCUCCUGUUGGCUUUGUUAAAGCGUCUGUAUGUGGGGAUUCGGCAGUCCCUAGCAAAACCUCAUCGAAGCUUCUGGGAGCAGCGUUUCAUUCCGCGUCUGCGAAUGUACUGCACCAAAGAUCUAGAGAGCAACCAUGGCCCGGGACGCGUUUGGCGACGAUCGACAGCGAUUCUGAGGAUUUUAUAUUUUCUCAGCCUCCGGAACAAGAUGACGACUAUCAACUCGAUAGCUUUUGUGUGGACAGUGAGGAUCCCGGUGCACAAUGCAGCCCAAAGGAGCCAUCUAUUAAUACACCGAAACCAAAGAAACGCCGACGACGACGGAUCAUCACCGACUCGGACUAAUUCCCUACCCACCACCUUUCAUGUAUAUAAGUAACAAAUACUUUCUAUUUCAAGACUGUGCAAUCUCAUUGGUAUUAUUAUUUCACGACCGAAUUGGUAUUGCAAGAAGGCUAAUAACUAGCACAGAAAAUCACCCUCAUGAGCUAAAGAGUGGGCAAGGAAGAGAUACAACAGGUGGAGAUGGUAGGGGUUGUUACUGCUUCCGAUGCUCUAGUUUUUCUCGCAAAGAUACCGGCAUCACCGGGGGUGGAGGCCGAGGCAGAGCCAUGGCGACUUUGAAUCCAUCAUAGAUGAACCACUGCAGGGCGGUCAGUGUGCCAAUCAUGAUGAUCCUCGGCCCGAUUCCGCUCCACUUACCGAGCAGUCCCAAGUUUUUGGCCACUUCGACAAGCCGAGCGUUAGGAUCUUUGUUUAACUUGGACACAAUCGUGUCGGGAGGAUGGGAGACAAUGCAACAGAAAACGCCGGCUGAAUGGGUUAUAAAAGACAGGAAAGAACGUACCUAUGUAACCCGCAGCGAAAGUAACAACGAGUUGUUCCGCUUUCGAACAAUCAUCGCGGGGCUUGGGAACAACAUACUUAUAAAGUGCUUCAACGGUGCGCUCGAAACAAGCAAACUUCAUCAUGGUGUAUGGAAUUUGACGACCCCAGAGUGGUACGAUGCCCUUAUAAAAGCCAAAAAGACCUUCGUCCUUGAGCAUUUUAGGGACACCUUCUCGUAGGGUAUUUGCCCAACCGGGCAUGGUCUGUAUCCGGACCUUGACAGCCUCCAUGGGACAGAGCAUGAUGUCAGCAAAGAACUCUGCGCUUGCGCUAGCAGCAAGAUACACGGUCGUCCGCCAUAGGUAUGCAUUUUCCUGAACAGCCGAUACGAUUACGUCUUAGAGACAAAAUACCUCCGAAAGCAUGCCAUUAUAUAGGUGCUUGAAAACUUCAUAGAACCCAAACUUUCCAAGACCCUGAAGGGAAUAGCCGAUCGCCGUUGGUGCCCAUCCUCGUCCCAAACCACGGAUCCCGCCCUCCGCAACGGUUACGCGAAUCCCGUUAGUAAUGUUCUUAUAUUUUGCACGGUCUACCUGAAUUCUGCAUUUUACAAGAUCCAGAGGCGUCAAUGCAGUGUGCGUUGUACCGCAACUUAGCACACCACCCAAACUGCAGAGGCCAUAGUACUUAGCGGUCCCGUAUUCGCAGCUCACCUGGGAGCCGGAACUCAUCGUGUCAGUUGGCGCCAACAAUGCGGCGUCGACG